GCUCUCUUUCUAUAUAGAAAUUGCAGAAAACAGAAUUUGAAUUCCUAAUGGAUAACCAUGGCAAUGUUUGGAACAUGGGGAACUCUGUUCCUGUUUCUACAACCUCGGACUUUUCCUUGAAACUUCAACGCUCAAUCACUUCCAAGCUGGACAGCGUCUUAAUCGAAUCAUCGAUCAAGAAAAACAAAGUCAGAGGCCAAAACUCAAUUGCUGGACUUGGUUUGAAGCCUCAGCCAUCACCAAUAUCCCAUGUAGACAGUUUCCGAGAAUUAAGUGCUAAAGAGGAAAUAUAUUUUGAUCCACGGUCCUGCCCAGAAUCUGAUUGUGAAGAUUUCUUCAGUAUCAGCAGUGAUACAACCCCAUCUUGUGGCAACACUCCUAUCCACCAAAGCAGCUUCAAAGAAACUCCUGAACCUCUUUAUGUGAGCAGUACACCCAGUUCCAAUCUUGAACCCCCUCCAACAGAUAUGAAAAAACAACUAUUUGAGCUCUUUCAAGAGAGCUUCAGGGGAGAUGCUGUUGAUCAUGGCAGUCCAAAUUUAUAAGGAAGGUCAUGUUUUUUUUUCUCCCUAGGGUCUCUCUGAACUAGAGGAGAAGUAGUAUUGCACAUCUGGUUUGUGCGUAUCAGCUAAACGAUUCCUGUGACAAGGAGUGUGUUGCGAGACAAUGGCGGACGAUCUAGCAGCUAUGUGGGGGAAAAUUUCCCUCUCGGAGGAGGAAACUCUAGGAAUGGAUUUUCAUGAGGAAGCUUUUGAGGGACUUGUUCAAAAGGGCCAGUCAUGCUUAGUUGGAAAACUCCUUUCAGACCACAUAGUGAGCAAAGAGACGAUUAGAUCCAAACUGAUACGAGGAAGGAAACCAAAGGGGCCAAUGGCAUUCAAGGUUUUGGGUGAAAACUUAUUCCUUCUGAAGUUCGAGAAGAAUGAAGAUAAGAAACGCGUACUGGAAGGGAGGCCAUGGAUCUUCGAGGGAACCUUGUUCUCGGUUGAAGACUUCGAUGGCAAUACACACCCAACUGAUAUGGAUUUUUCAUGGGCAGCUUUCUGGGUACGUAUGUACAAAUUACCACUCGCCUGCAUGGGGUAAGUGAUGGGUCAGAG